AUGGAGACUCAAUACGACCAAGUUCUUAGCUCCGUCGCUCAGGUGAAAAUCGCCGACCAAAUCGGAGAUUCCGGCGACGGAGACGGUGUAAAAGUCUCGUGCUUCACUGAGGUUUUCGAUGACGUAACUCUCCAAUUCCAGAUCAUUCGUCUCGCGAAACAGAUUUAUGUAUGGAUCGGUAGUAAUUCCGCGAAAUUUGGGAAUUUGUACGCAGCCGCUUCAACAAGACCGAGCAAUACAGUGAGUGUUACUUCAGUACUUGGUGGAUCAUCUGAUAACACUGGAUCUGGUAUCGCGCGUAGAUUAGUGUUGAAGACUGGUCUUAAUAUCAUCUUGGCUUGCAACAUCCCUAAGAACAAUCCUUUGCUUGAGGCAAAAGCGGAGAAAGUGUUGAUUGGAAAGCUGAUUGAUCUUGGUUACACAAUGUCAACACCUUUGAGAUCAACAUAA